AUGGUUACUUAUCAGACGUCUUCGGCAGGAGGCUCGGUCAUGCCUCAGUGCAGGAUGCUGAGAAGCACUUUGCUGAUCCUGGCCCUGACGGGUCUCCAGGCCCUGCCCUUGCCCCGGCGGGAUGACAGCCUCAGCCUCCAGCAGCCGGGCGCCCCGGCCCCGCUGGAGCUCCGCCGGCAGGGAACCCAGCCCUCGCGACGGCACCUGGUGGACCUGCGCUCCGGCCUGCUGCUCGACCAGCUCAGCGGGGAGAUGGACCGCAGAGUCAGCAACGAUUACUACGUGCCCUUCUCUGUAGACCAGUUUCGGCAGGGCACGCAGAACUCCCGUCCGGUGCUGGUGGACCUGCGCUCCCGUCUGCCCAUCGAGCUCGUGGGAGAGAUGCAGAGGGGGGUGGGUAAUGUGUAUGUCCCCCCCAUCAUGGACGAGUUCAGGCAGGGUACCCAGAACUCCCAGGUCGUUCUGGUGGACCCCAGGACCGGUCUCAUGAGAGAACCCAUCGGAGAGAUGACCAGAACCAACAUGCUGACAGGGUCCAGUAGAAAGCAGGUGUGCCAGGGCAGUGUCAUUGAUGGCCGGUGUUACCAGUUUGUCCCUGAUGCCAAGACCUUCAGUGAUGCAGAGUCCUCCUGCGGACAGCUAGCUCCUGGGGGACACCUGGCCUCCGUCUCCAGCGCUGACCUGCACUCCCGCCUGGCUGCCAUGGUAACCAAGGCCAGCAGCGGUCCUGUGCUCACCUGGCUGGGCGGAGUUCGGCGGCUUGAUAAAUUCCAGUGGAUCGACGGCUCUUCUUGGGAAUACAGUGAUCUGAUGCCAGGACAGACGCAGGCCGCCAGUGACAGUGAGAAGUGCCUGGAGAUGUUCCGCAUCGGUGAGUGA